AUGCCAUUUUUCUUCAGCCUUUAUUUUUUUUUCCCUUUAUGUUUUUUGUUCCUGGUCUUCUUUCCUCUUUCUCCACCUUUCAUCUUUAUUCUCUGUUUAUUGUUACUGACAUUUUAUUUACAGGUUUUUUUUCUUUCUCUCUAUUUUUAUCGCUUUUCCUCCUUCCCUCUUUUUUUUUCAUCUCCCUAUUGCUUCUUUACUCCCUCUCUGCUUUUUCAUUUUCUUUUUUUUCUCUCUUCUUUUCAUCUGAUUUCUUUCUUUUUUUAUAUUUCUGACUUUUUCUCUAUAAUUCCAUAUUUUUUGUUUCACACUUUUAUAAUUUCUUUUUAUUUUAUCAUUCCUCAUCCUACAUUUGGUUUCUCAGUUUUCUUUCUGUAUUCUUCAAAUUUUGUUGAUUUUUUCAAUAUCUUUCUCCUUCCAUUUUUUCCUUCUAAAUUCUUUUGUUCUGUAUAUUUUUCCAUUUCUUUUUCCUCAAAGCCCAUUUAUUCAACACGUUUUUCUUCAAUUUUUCCUUCUAAAUUCUUUUGUUCAGUAUACUUUUUCUUCAAAGUCCAUUUCCUCAACAAUUUUCUUCCACUUUUUCAUCUUUCUCACUUUUUCUUAUGUCCUCCUCUCUUUCUGCAAUACACUACCCCUCUUCACAUCUGCUUCUCCUCCACUUCAACAAUUUUUCUUCUUCACUCCUCUCUUUAUGUGUCUCCCACUUGGAAUUUCUUCACAACUUUACUGUUCAAAUGA